ACGCUGCUCGGAUGAGGAGCCUCGCUCUUCUCCUGCUCUGAUUCUGCUGGUUUCGUCGCGUUGCCGAGAGUCCGGAGGAGCACAGAUCGGGCUGCUCUCUCGCGCUCUCCGCGGGUCUUUCUCUCUCCGCCCUUCCUGCUUUGGCAUGGGAAGCAGCUGCAGGAUCUAGCUGGAGAGACCGCUUCGGGAACCAAGUUUUGGCUCGGGGAACGCGCUUUUUGGCAAGCGCCGCCGAUCGCUUGGCUCUGUCUCCCUCUCUCCGACCCGUCUGCUUCCAGGCUGAGGCGCGCUCCCAACGCAACCGCAACCACGUUAACUUCCCAGAGGUCCGGGGUCUCCUGCGGAGCCAGGAGCUCAAGGCGGCAUACAUGGCCCUCCUUUUCCUCCUUGCCACAACAACAUUAUCAAGUUGGUUAAGCAACCCUGUGAGGUACUAUAGUGGUUGCAGGGCGAGACCAGAACUGGUGAGGCGCAAGUUCCAGUCUCCACUCACUCGAUGACCUUGGACCAGUCGCUGCCUCUAAGAGUUAAUCUGCCUGCUCAGGAAAGGAGCCGAACUGGCCGGAUCAUGGAGUUGUUGUCCACCCCACACAGCAUUGAGAUCAACAACAUCACCUGUGACUCAUUCCGGAUCUCCUGGGCCAUGGAUGUUGGAGACCUAGACAGAGUCACUCACUACUUCAUUGACCUGAACAAAAAAGAGAACAAGAACUCCAACAAAUUCAAGCACCGGGAUGUCCCAACCAAGCUAGUGGCCAAGGCAGUUGCUCUGCCCAUGACUGUGAGGGGCCAUUGGUUUCUGAGUCCCAGGACGGAGUACAGUGUGGCUGUGCAGACGGCCGUGAAGCAGAGUGACGGGGAGUACCUUGUGUCUGGAUGGAGCGAGACCAUUGAAUUCUGCACAGGAGACUAUGCGAAGGAGCAUUUGGCGCAGCUACAGGAGAAAGCCGAACUCAUUGCAGGGAGGAUGCUCAGGUUCUCUGUCUUCUAUCGGAACCACACCAAGGAAUAUUUCCAGCAUGUGAGAAUUCACAGCGGGAAUGUCAUGAAGCCCUACCUGAAGGACAACAGCGGCAGCCAUGGCUCUCCCACCAGCGGGAUGUUGCAUGGCAUCUUCUUCAGCUGCAACACCGAGUUCAACACAGGGCAGCCCCCGCAGGACUCUCCCUACGGCCGCUACCGCCUCCAGAUCCCUGCCCAGCGCCUCUUUGGCCCCAACACCAACCUCUACUUUGCGGACUUCUACUGCAUGUACACCGCCUACCACUACGUCGUCCUGGUGCUGGCGCCCAAGGGCUCCCCCGGAGACAACUUCUGCCAGGAGCGCUUGCCCCAGCUGGACAUUAUGGGCAACAAGUUCCUGACCUGCUGUGUGGAGGAGGGUGAGCUGGUCUACCGCCAUGCCCAGGACAUCAUCCUGGAGAUCAUCUACACGGAGCCGGUUGACCUCAGCCUAGGGGUGCUGGGGGAGAUCAGCGGCCAUCAGCUCAUGAGCCUUUCGACGGCCGACGCCAAGAAGGAUCCCAGCUGCAAGACGUGCAACAUCAGCGUGGGGCGCUAGAGA